AGUACGAACGCGUCCACCGUUGCGCCGGGAUACUGCUGCAGCACUCGGUCGCGGAUUGUUUGGCCUGUCGUUGCACUGCGCGUUCCAAUCACAAGGUGGCACCCACGACCGGCUAAUUCCAACAACGUUUCCAAACCGAUACCCGAGUUUGCACCGGUCAGUACGAUCAAUUCACCGUUCCGGAACUUUCGUGCGCUGGUGUACAAUCGGCCAAUGUAGUACCACCUGAGGAAGAAGAAUCACCCGUCAUUUCUGAAGCCGGUUAUGAAGACUGAACCAAAAGGGGGGUGUCUUUGGGAAAAAUUUUACCGCACAAAGUACGUAACUGUUCCUAGACCCAACAAUGCACAACACUUCCCAAUCCAACCCAUGGCACCAAUCUGCUGUGCUGUAGCGGUAACCCUCCCCAAAGGAACAACUCUUCGACAACGCCCGCCACUCACGAACGAGUGGCUUCCGGGAAUAACGGUUUCGUCUAUCGCCACGGAAACCGGGUGCAGAGUAUAUUUACCUUUAGCCUAGAAAAAAAAAACACCCAAAAUCAGCAACCUUUGCUCUGUGCGGUGGUUGGUGGAGUUUGUUUGCAAAUUGAUAGUGGGACUGAUAUGGAGCCUCGGAGGGAAAAAAAACCCGCCGGGAGUUUAUUGACACGCCGCACAUUGGUGUUGGGUAUCGCCGAAGGUAAGAAUGCUGGGAGUGGAAGAUUAUUUCGGUAAAUAAUUUGAGCGUUUUUCAUUGCGAAAAAUGAAUAAAAUCGUGCGUGAAAUCGUCGAAGCCAGAACGAUUCCGAUUGGAAUGGGAAAUGGGUUUGAAUUUUUCUCGCGUGUAUAUGUAGCAACCUUGGCACGAGAAAUGUCAUUCGCUGGGCGGAAAGAUGUAAACAAAUGAAUUCUGUCAACACAUUCGUGCGCAAACCACGUUAACGAAGCGGUUUCAGCUGUUGCCCCCAAAAAAAUGUACGAAUUAAAGGUUUAUUCGUCGUAUAUCAUCGCCGCCAUCCAGGACAAGGUUGUGUUCUUCUCCACCGAUGGUAAUGUGCUGCAUGAGAUCGUCGUACAGCAGAACUUACCUCCAGCAGAAGGCACUGCCGAUGCCGGCAACCAACAGAAUGGUAAACAAGGCACCCAACCACCAUUACCGGCACACGUUGUAACGUUCGAGUUUUGUCCGAGCGCUAAUGUGCUGGCCGUGUCGUUGAACAUCAAAGCACUACAGUGCUAUGAAUUGCAUCAAAAAGAUGGGAAACUGUCCUCUUCGCUAUUAGGCGAUAGCAUUCCUACGACGCGGACGAUCGUUUGCAUGAAGUUUGUUCCCAAGCGAAACGUUCUGAUCGGGUCGGAUAAGAGUGACUGUUUCGAGUUUGAUGUGCUGAACAAGCAGGAACAAAAAUCGAAAUGGAUUCUUGGCCACAUGAGCCAAAUAUUGGGACUAGCGGUUAGCGACGAUGAGCGGUUCAUAGUAACGUGCGAUCGUGAUGAGAAAAUUAAAGUAAGCUUGUACCCAGAUUGCCAUAACAUUGAGUGCUUCUGUCUGGGGCAUUUGGAGUACGUCGGAGGAAUUGAAAUCAUUCCCACGCAAAAGCUCAUAUCGGUGUCGGGCGAUCGAACGCUGCGACUGUGGGAUUUCGCCGAAGGGAAGGAAAUUGGCCAGCUAUCGUUGCAGGAUCCUGCGGUUGGUUUGUCGGUGCAAAGAGUAGAGCAAAGUAGCGAAAUGCUGUGCGUGGUGAGAAGUUCUGUCCAGAACAAAAUCGAUGUUGCUCUAGUGCGGUACGAAGAACCCAACGCAAGCCUUCUCUGCGAUCCGUUAACGAUUGAUGAAAGCUUGAGCGUACUGAGUGCAACUUUGAGUGCUUCCCUUCAGCUGGUACUGUUAGUGAUGGAGAAGGAGAGCAAGCGGGCCAGAAUGUUGGCCUAUAACUUUUCGGUAGAGAAGCGACAGUUUAUACCGUGUGCGGAUCAUUCGUUGAUCAAGAACUUCGACGCUCAGUUCACUGAAGCAACGAUUGAGCAGGUGCGGGAUUAUUCCACACUCUUCAAACACAGCAUCGAUAACCUUUCGGAGUACUUUGAACGAAAAAAGCAGAAAAUCGGAUCGAAAAAAUCGAAAUAAAAAUUGUUAAGAUAAACACGCGUUACACGAGCAGGA